AUGAGCGGGGACGACCAACCGCGAUGCCCAGUAGACCACUCUGCACGCGAGGCUUGGAUGAGUUCUAUGUCUAAAGGCAAUCCGGCAGGCGCCGAGCAGCCUGGCGCACCUUCGCAAAGUCAGGCUACUGAAGCUCAGCCCACGCCGUCAGCUUGUCCAGUCGACCACUCUGCACGGAGUAUAUGGCUCAAGAACGCGGGGCAGGUUACCGAGGACGUUGAAUGCUCCUCCGACAAGCAGGCAGACAUACCUCAUUACAGCACAGACGUCGCGCUGCCUACGGAGCGCGAACAAUCGUCGAUCCCGCGUACGGGCACCGAACAUAACUGGGUGUACCCAUCCCAGAAGCAGUUCUUCGAGGCCAUGCUCCGCAAGAACUGGAACCCGCACGCCGAGGACAUGAAGACCGUGAUCCCGCUACACAACUCGGUCAACGAGCGUGUCUGGAACUACAUCAAGAUGUGGGAGAAGGACCAGGGCGGCGAAUCCUGUGGCGGCAUUAAGCUGACCAGCUUCAAAGGCAGCGCCAAGGAACUCACGCCCCGCGCGUGGUUCCGCAGUACCGUGCUUGGCUACACUCGUCCGUUUGACAGACAUGACUGGCGCGUGGACCGCUGCGGAACCGAGAUCGACUACGUCAUUGACUUUUAUUCUGACGACCACCCCAAGCUCGGGCCGCAGAUCCUCUUGGACGUUCGCCCCAAACUCAACAGCUUCGAGGGCCUCAAGCUGCGGGUAUUGAAGGCUCUGGGUCUCUGA